CGAAGAAUUAAGGCAGGCGCAAAACAGCAUUCAGAUCCCUGAAGUUCCACGCUGCCACGCCGGAACCGAAGGCACAGGGCAGCAGUUUCCGACCGGCGGAGGGGAGCAUUGCGCACCUGACUCCGCGCUGCUCGCUUGCUCAGCUUCCCCCUCUUUUCCUCCUUCCCUUUUCCACGGCUGCUGCUGCCGCCAUCCCGGAUCCAAGAUGGAGUCGCUGAGUAAAGCGGGUCAGGACAUGAGCCUGGCGGCCUUAAAGCAGCACGACCCUUACAUCACUAGCAUCGCCGACGUGACCGGCCAGGUGGCCCUUUACAGCUUCAGCCCCAAGGCCAACGAGUGGGAGAAGACAGACAUAGAAGGCACCCUAUUUGUAUAUAAAAGAUCUGCUUCACCAUACCAUGGCUUUACAAUUGUGAAUCGACUGAACAUGCACAACCUGGUUGAGCCUGUAAACAAAGACUUGGAGUUUCAACUGCAUGAACCUUUUCUUCUGUAUAGAAAUGCUAAUUUGUCAAUUUACAGUAUCUGGUUUUAUGACAAGAAUGACUGUCAUCGAAUAGCAAAACUUAUGGCUAAAGUGAUACAAGAAGAGUCUCAGAGAUCCCAGCAACUGUCACAGGAUAGAAAAAGUCCCAGCAGGACAAAUGGUUGCAGUGAAAAUAGAUCUAUUGAUAUCCUAGAGAUGCUUAGCAAAGCCAAGGUUGAAUAUGAACGGGUAAGGAAAAAUCAGAAGAGUGACUUUAAUUGUGGCACACAACAAAGUCUAAAUCCUAUGAAGAUUGAAAAUAUGGAGACUUCAGAGCAUGGCUCAUCAAUGUUACAACAGCAAGACCAUCCAUGUCCAUCCAUCCAUAAACAUCUAACAGUGGAAGAAUUAUUUGGAACUUCAUUACCAAAGGAACACGUUUCAGUCUCCUAUUCCAAUCCAGAGAGAACAGAGAAGUUGCAGAAUGACAUCUCAUGCAGAGAGCACAACUUGCUCUUACCUUUUUCAUUUGAACAAUCAACUGUAAUCCAUCAGCCUGUAGGGAAGCUGGAUAGUCCAAACUUCAAAAACAAUUCUUCUACCUUAUUGCCACAGGAGUGUGUGCCACCCUUGCUAAUUGCCCCACCUUCAGCUUCUCAGCCUGAAAUAAAUAAAACUGCAAACUAUGCUGUGCAGUUAAGCCCUAUACUUAAUUCAGCCUUAGCAACAGAAACUCCCUCUGCGCAAAUACUUCAGACUAUGAAUACAAACAAUAACAUAAUGCAAGUUAUACAGCAGGCUAGCAAGCAGAUAUCUCCACUUGUGAAUCAGCCACCAUCUGAAAUGAACCACGGUCCGCAAAACCUAACUGCCAGUCAAAACCAGUUCAUAACAUCUUUGGCUGCAACCAAUGCAGGAGAUGCUUCAAACACUUCACUUCCAAACAUGGAUCUUCUUCAAAAACUCAGGUUGACUCCACAACAUGACCAAAUGCAACAAUCACUCAAUAAAACCCCAAUAACUGUUAGCCAGCUGGCAACACCUGAUUGCUUCAAGGAAUCCCACACCAAGCAACAGGUUCUGACUGCUAAAAUGCUUCCAUCUGUUCAGGCUACACAGCAAAGUAAGGAGCUUGAUACAUUUCCACAUCCCAAAGCUUUGUCUAAGGCAAGCCAAGUUGCUUCCCCACAGUUUGCUACAGCUACAACCACAAUGACGCCUUCAGUUCUUCUAUCACCCAGUGUAUUCCAGCAGUCUGUUAUGAAAUCUGAAAUGGAAAACAAAGUUAGCUCCUCUUCUCCUCUUACACUUGGAGCUAUGGAUGUUCAAACAUUACCUCCCACAGUGCUCAGUAGAUCUCAGCUUCAAGAAACUUUAAUACAUCUAAUAAAGAAUGAUUCAAAUUUUCUUAGUACGCUUCAUGAAGUCUAUUUACAAGUCUUGAACAAGAAUACAGACAGCAUCAAAUUAUAACUGAAGCUAAAUCAGUUCCACUGACCACUUAUUUGCUUCUGAAACAAUUAUGCCUCUUCUGUAAAACUGCAAUAUUUUUAAAGAUUGUUUUUAGUUCUUGAAGUUCUAACAAUUAGCUUCCAAGGAGAAUGUUGCUCCUUAGAAGAACUAGCCUAUGUAAUUUCUCAGAGGUGAUAUAGGUUUCACUGUGACCAGCACCAGCAGGCAUUGUUUUGUUUUGUUUUUUUCCUGCAGGGGAGCAGAAUGGUCUUCAUGUUUAACAGCACAUUAUUUUUGAGGAUUUUAGAUGAGAUGAGUAAACAUUUGGUCUGAUCGUUUCCCCUGUCCCUGAAUAAUUGGGAUGAAUGUGGCCUAACCCUACAUUUGACAGUACAGAUGAAAAGUUAUUAAAUCUGCUUCAAAUUAAAAGAGCCUUGGAAGGACAGGACAGGAUAAUUUUAGGGCUUUGGUGGAAAGUAGGCAUAACAAUGCAAAAAUGCUGUAUUUCACCAUAGGGCUGGAUAGCCUUCUUGAUUAACAAAUUGGCUCCUAUGAAAUGCAGAGGUGAUCUAUGUGUUAAGUUUUACUAAGGCAGAAUAAAAAUAGGCUAUCAAAUAUCCCUUACCAAUAGCCUGGGUGUUUUUAAAAGAUACUAUUUAAAUGAACCAGAAUUGAAUGGAACAAUCAUUGUUGUCAUUUUAUUGUCCUAUGCAGGCUAGAUGCAUAUUUGGAAGAAGCUUUCCCGUAAAAAGGAAGGACAAUACCAGAGAAAUAUAUGUUUUGUUUGUUAAAAGUAGGCACAUGAGAAAAAAAAAAUGCAGUCUGUCCUUCUCAUCAUCCAUGCCGCCCCCCACCAUUUCAGCAUUUUAUAAGUAGUUUUCAUGUAUGGGUUAAGAUUUCAUUACAUACUACUGUAAAGUUCAAACUUCUUCCAAAGGAAGUCGGACUCUGAUCUCUGUUUUAUAUGCUGCUAUUGGUAUUUCUGUGACAUAUUUAUUUCAUUAUGGCAUGUGGUAGUAGCUAGCAAUACUCUAACGUAAUAUAGGUCUCAGUUUAUUCAAGCAAUAGUAAUUUUCAAGGAUAAGAUGUGGUUUUUUUAGUAGGAAAAAGUCUUUUUGUUUUAUAUUGUGAAAGGUAAUUUUGUAGUGAAUUUAACCAGUCAACAUGCACUGCUUAUUUUUCAAAGCACUGUUGAAAUUGAAUUGUUUUGGUUCUAUUUGUUUCAUUGAGGUUCCUGUGCACGCCAUGGAAAUGACUAGGAUUGCAAACAAGCACAGCUAGGCUCAUGUGAAAACCCCAUCUAAUUCAACAGAGUUUGCACAGGAGAAGGUGCUGGGAUAGAUUGUACAUGUUACUUUUAAAAUUAAAUGUAGUGAUGAUGGCACUAAGGUGCAGAUAUUCACUGUAGUCCAUCAACCAAGCUUUAAUUAUUAUGACUUGGCCACAUAUCAGUGUUUUGCUAUAAACAGUGUGUUGAUUUUAAAAAAUCAUUCAAAAUAUAUACUUAUGUUUUGAGUGAUAUUUGUGGAUGUUCUUAUGUUUAGCAAAAUUUGCCUUCUGAGAGAACCUCGUCAGCCUUUCAACUCAAUAAUUUCUUGUUGCAUAGUGUAUUGUAUCAGAAAAGUGCGCGGAAUUCAGGGAAAAUGUUAGCUGUGACAUGCACAUUUGACUAAUGAAUUGGCUUUAAUGGUAAAAUUCAAAUAAUAUCUUCAGAUUUUCUAGAUUUUUUUUUUUGGUAGGAAAUGAGAGAGCUCUCUAUUUGUAUGCUGGACCUUUUGAUAGCACAUGCAUGUAUGUCCACCAUCAAAAAACAUUUACCUAAAACAGAUCAAUUCAGAUUUAAACUUUUCUUUUUCUUUUUUCUUUGGAAAGCAGUAUCCUUCAAUAUAUUUUAAGUGACUGUAUUACCAUAUCAACUGAACCAAAUGUUUAUUCUGCUGUUUUUCAUAACAAAGGCCUGGUUCAGAUGAAUGCCAUCUGGCACAUGCUAUAAAGUUGGGGAUGUGCUGAGAGCCUACCUGCCUUAACAUCACUGGAGCAUAUCUCAAUGUGGUGUUUAAACAGGGUUUUGGAGUCUGUGUAGAGGGGCAAUUCAGAUGAACACCACCCUCACAAUGUUAAAGGAUGUCUGAACAUCACAUCUGGACAUCCUUUAGUGACAUCAGGGUAACUGUCCUCUCAGCACAACCCUGUUGUGACUGAGUAUGAUCAUCCAAACCAGCCUGAAGACUUAAUCUGUGAACAGUCUUUAAUUUUAUUGUGGAAGGAAAGAAACCAUUCUUAACCAUAAACAUGAGAUUAGUGAUGAUGCAUGUUAGGCAUAAUUAUAUUGAGCUGGACUUGGUUGCAACCUUUAAAAUAAGCAUCCUAUCCAAAGAUCUGUAGAAAUGAAACUAGAAAGGGUUCCCUGAUAUUGAAUGUACUGUUAAAGUCCUGUGUCUUCAAGGUUAAUGAAAGAGGAAACUUUGCUUUAAACAGUAAUGGCAUUUCUAAGUAUGUAUGUUCCAAUACACAUUUUAUUUCCAUCUAACAUUUUGCAUUAUAAUUCCCUACAAACCUCAGCUGGUAGCUGGAAGAUCAGAGUUCUCUAUUGUAUUUAGGAGUAUGUACAGCAUAAAAAAAACAGGUUUUCUGCUUCCAAAGAAGAUUUUUUAAAUAUGGAAGUUGAAAUUUAUCUAUCAUUAGUAGACACUUUCUCAUUUUUUGACAAUAGAUUUGCAUUCAUCUUGAAUUCUUAACGCACAUCAGUGUUGCAGCAUUUGUGUAUGUAGCAGACUCAAGCUGGAAGAACAGAGGUGUCCUACACAAUACAAAGCACUGUUAGCAACAUUCAGUGUACCACACUAGUGCUCUUAUUGCUUGUUGUAAUGUGACAAAAAUAAACAAAGAAACCUCUUUAAGAAUUGCUUUGAUAAACUCGGCUGCAAAUUAAAAUCACAUGUGUUUACAAAAUGUGGAAAUCACUAGGCAGCUUUAGUCUUAAUUUUAUUUGGCCUAUACUCAGAUGCAUUAAAAGGUCUUGUUACUUGCCUGCAGUGGUAACAAAUGCAUAGCUAAUUAAUCAAUGUGGGCCAUUCAUUUUACCUUGUAAUUCGGUAAUGUAAUGUAUUUCCCAGGAGUAAAAUAUAAUAUUUUAGACUAUAUUUCAAAAUGAAUAUUCACUAUGUAAUCAUGUAUUUUUCUGUUGCCUAUAUACCUUUUUUUUUUUAAAGUUUAAUAUCUGUUUACUCAAAAGUGGCUUUAAAAAAUGCAGCUUUUUCAAAACCUCAUUGCUGUUCUGUAGCUAAAGGCUGUAAUUGCUGUUAAAUUAACAAUACAAUGUUCUGUUGAAUAUGUGCCUAAUGGCUAUACAUUUGGAACAUGUCUUUCAAAAUUUAAAUACUGUCUCUGGCUGACAAAGCAUGUAUUCUUUGAGAGACUGCAGAGGCGUGAUGGGAACCCUUGUGCAACUUCUUCCCCUGCGUGCAUGCUGUUGCAUAAGAACCCUUAGUAUCUGGAGUGCUCCCCCUGUUCUGGUAGAUCUCUGCAGGUUUGGAAUCAUGUUGCUGAGGUUCAGCAACGUGUUUCUAAUUUUGCAGAACAUCCUGGACUCUAAGGAUCUUGUGCAGUUGCGUAUACUUGGGGAGAUUGGAGGAGUUGGGCAAGAGCUCCCGUCAUGCCCCUGCAGUCCCUCAAAGCAUGCACAUGUCACUAGUUGGGAUAUCAGCCUCUGUAUUUAACAUGAAGGCCUGCAGGGAGCUAAGGCAAAAUGUAAAAGCCAUUCAUGUUUAUUUUCAAUUGCUGAAACUGAAUUUAAUUGGAUAUUUCAAAUAUACUAAAUUUUAGUUCCCCCUAUAUUUUUGGUUUUAGUGAGUUCCUGGAAGCCACCGGUAUCAUAUGUAGGCAAGAGUAUAAUUGAAUAACUUUCCUAAAAAGUAUUUACUGUGGAGUGUUCUAAAACACAACCCUGCAUUUGUCAGCUACUUGAGUUGCUUCUUAAGCAUAUCUUAAAAAGAGGAAUGUGUGCAAUAUAUAUUUCACCUCAGUUUUUGACAUCUUUGUAAAGAUGCAAUAUCUUCACUUUAAGUUGGAAAAAAUUGCAAUAAUCUUCCCUUGUGAUUUUUUUAUAACAAUUUAACAUGUGGGCACAUGGUGGUUCUUUUGUUAAAAAUGCACACUAUAUUCAAUGUUUGGGUUUACCACUUUGAUUUGCACUCGCACAUUCUUGAGAGUUUGAAGUACUUCAGAUCUUUGGGAUUUUAAGAAAUGACUUUUAGAAUACAAUGGGUAUGAUCCAUCUCACAGGUACAAUUAAGGGGAAUGGAAGGUUGUACACACCUCCCAUAUUCUCAUCCAACCCUCUCCCACAAUUUGGUGUAAAUUAUUUGUACUCCUGUGUGCAUGCAUAGGCAGGAGUACUGGGAACAGGGCUCUGAACCCUGUAUGGGAAUCCAUGUGGUCCCUUUUACCUGUGAUGGCUUGGAUUGUGCCCAGUAGUAUUUGAGUAACUUUUUAACUGUAACCAUUGUGCAUCAUUAACACUUCAGUAUAUGGGUAUGUAAUUUUUGCCAUCUUAUUAUGUUGGCAAAUAUUAAGUUAUUGCAUAAAUGUUUAAUGAGCAUUUUUCAUUGAAAAUUUUGUAUGUUUGCAAAUAUAUUUUUGUAAUAAAAUUUCAAAGACAAA